CUUUCGUCCCGGGCGGGGGUCCCUCCGUCCCCCUGAGCCCUUUCGGGAGUGAAGGCCCUACGGUGCCGGGCGACGGCGUGGGAGUGCUGGCGGGCCCUGCUUCUUUCCCCGAGCCUCCGUCUCCCCGGCAGUUGAUUUCCACAAUGUCGUUCAUAUUUGAAUGGAUCUACAAUGGCUUCAGCAGCGUACUGCAGUUUCUAGGAUUAUACAAGAAGUCUGGCAAGUUAGUCUUCUUGGGCUUAGAUAAUGCAGGCAAAACCACCCUUCUGCACAUGCUAAAAGAUGACAGAUUGGGUCAGCAUGUUCCUACACUGCAUCCAACUUCGGAAGAGCUGACCAUUGCUGGAAUGACAUUCACAACUUUUGACCUUGGUGGCCAUGAGCAAGCUCGACGUGUCUGGAAGAACUACCUACCAGCAAUCAAUGGGAUUGUCUUUUUAGUGGACUGUGCAGAUCACUCACGCCUUCUGGAAUCCAAAGUUGAGCUCAACGCAUUAAUGACUGAUGAAACAAUAUCCAAUGUGCCCAUUCUUAUCUUGGGUAACAAAAUCGAUAGACCAGAAGCUAUCAGCGAGGAGAAGCUGCGAGAAAUUUUUGGACUUUAUGGACAGACCACAGGAAAGGGAAGUGUGCCACUGAAGGACCUGAACACACGCCCCAUGGAAGUGUUCAUGUGUAGCGUAUUGAAGAGACAAGGCUAUGGCGAAGGUUUCCGUUGGCUAUCACAGUACAUUGACUGAUAUUUGGAGAGAUGGAUCUACGCCUGGACUGAUCCUGUUCACAGCUUCCUUAUGGACUUUUCUAUUGAACAUGGAAGGCUCUCCGACCGCAUACUAGUAGUGACCCAGAAAUUCCUGUCUUCAGUUACCCUACAUCACAGUGGUGAUACAGUUAUUUUCCUCAUGCCUGGGAGAUUACACUCUGUACACUGGUGCAGGUUGUCACUUCCAGUGGUCGUGGUUUCCUGUGGAAACCGUGGCUUUCAGUUGCAGUGGGUCUGGUGAGCUGGGGUGAGAAACUCUGCACACAGUACUCUAGUGACUGAACAAGGAACAUGUCUCACCACUGUAGCCAAUUGACUUCAAAGAAAGCAAUUAUAUUUUUAAAAGAAAGUGUUUAAUGUAAAUGGUGUCCCUUUUAGAUUUUUUUUUCCUCAUUUAACAUUCAUCUUGUUUGGGCCAGAAUCUGUUAGGAUUUUUUAAAAUCUAUUUAAGAAUAUUUAGGUAGUUCCCAAAUUACUGAACCAGCUAUCAUGAUAUUCAAAAAAACUUUAGUAAACAGAGCGGGGCUUAAUAGCCUGAUGAGAGGGUUGUGCUGUGUCACACUGCUUGAUCAUGAAGAUGGUGCUAUUGGGACUGACUUGUGCAAUGAUUUUUUUUCUUUUUAAUUUACAGGGAGUUUAGUUGGGGGCGGGGUGGGGGCAAUAAAACACGCACACAGGCACACUCAUUCUCGUUUUCCAUGUCCUUAUGGGUAGGAGUCUGGUUGCGGUUAAUCACCUUUGCUCACCCCUUCAAGUUACGAUCACUUUCUCGCCGGCCAUCUCUUUUGCAGCAGCAAUGUUCACUGACGUAUGGAUCAUUACUACAUUGCAGGCAAUUGCUGAAAACAGCAGUAGAAAUCAUGAAAUGGUUUUGUUGGGUUACUAUGGCAUUAAAGUGUUCCAACAUAUGCAUAUCAUAAUGCUAUUAAUGUAAACUAACCCCUUUUCUUUUUUUUAUAUUCAACAGAGCUUGUGUUUGAAUUUCCAUUCCUGUCUCCACAUCUUCAUUUUUAGUAAAAAAAUAAUAAUAAUAAGCAAAAAAAAAGAGAAAAGUAAGACAUUUCUCAGAGAGGUUUAAGUAGGUCUGGAAAUAUCUUGGCUUAGUUCUGGACUCUGUUAGAAAACAUGAAAUACAAAACAGUAUAGCAGGUGAACGGCAGCUUUGGUACUCGAGGCGCUUGUUCUGUAGAGAGGUAUAUCGAUGCUGUGAAUAGUGUGUUGUGAUUUGAUUGGCAGCUGUGGUCUUGUGCCCUUUGUCUUAACAGUUGGUUCACUGAAAGAGAAUAAGAUCCUUGACAGUUGAAAGGCCCAAUGCUUCUUGUGCUGGUGGUGAUUGCAUAGUACCCACAAGUGUUGAAAAUGCAGUUACUUCAACUUUGGAAUCUCAACUUUGCCCAGUGCUCUGACAUGUCAGGGUUUUUUUUUUCAACUUACCUAAAGCUGUGUAAACUCUUUGAGUGCCAAGUAGUCCCCUGACAAUACUCUUCUGAGAUGUGUAAUGCAACUAUACUUUGCUGUCAGCGAAAGACGUUGAACGUGCUGCAGAAAUGAUACACUUAAUUUGUACAUGUUGAGAAGUCUGACUUGCAAAGGGUAAACUGGUUGGUAUACUCCCGAGAUGGCGGCCCUGUACCUUGAUUGGAAGAACCAUGAAAUAACAGACUAUUCCUGAAAAGGUAACUAGGCAGAAGUCUGACUCCAGGACCAAGAGGGCUCCCACUUCUAGAAUGUAAGUCAUUUUGUAUCUAUUCGCCUGUGUCUUCACCAGAAUGGCAGCAUAUUGCAGCACUGAAGUCUGAGUCCUUGUAAUCCUGUCUCUGUGAAGCCUGUGGGUUUUCUGUAGAAGGAUCUUCACUCAUCUAUCUGUGACUUUCACUUAGGCUAAAGUGCCUAUGGGUUUGAUGCCAAGGAGGUGUUAAGAGAACCACAUCAAACUGUAGUGGCCCAGCGGAUGCUCUUGACUCCAUUGAUCCAACGUAAAUAAUUCUCUCUCCAGUACCGAGCAAAUAGAGUUCUCCUACUUGGCUGUUACAUUCAAGGAAUGCAAAUGGAUGGUUCUUCUUAAAUCAACAUGCAACUUGCUCACCCUUACCUGAAAUGGCACGUUCUGGUUCCAUGCUUAAAACAGAAGACCUUGUAGGCAGAGCCAUAAGAUUGUGCCCUGUCAAAGCACAGCCUUCUAUGAAGGUGGUAAGCAUAGCCACUGGAGAAAGUGACUGUGAAUGACUGCCCCGUUUCUCCCCUCUGCCUGCCAUGUACUGUCAAUAGACGAGUUUUAACACCUUGAUGUAUGGAUAUAAAGUUUAAUAUAUACUUUAGAAAUUGGACUACAGAUUGGAAAGUCAAGAGAACAUCAUUCUGUUGGCAAAAUGUUUUAACUUCCCAUUUCUGGAAACAUGAAACAUGUUUGCAGAGAGAGGUUUGUCUGUAUCCAACACAUUUUAAUAAAGUUUUUUUAAAAAAAAAA